CACGGGUCCACCACAGCGAUCGGACCGAGACACAACGACACGAAUCCGCUCUUUUCCACGUCAGAAUCAAGUCCGGACAUGAGAGCUCUUACCGGGUAGAAAAGACGCUCGAAUCAGUUGAAUUCCACCGCGUUCCGCAUCAUGAAGCCGUCUGUGCGCUUCCCACUCCCACUGUGGACUCUGCUGGUCUGUAGUGGACUUUUCAAGAUCUCACAAGCUCAAUGUAAUGCUGUUAACUGUGAUAGCAAUGCAACAGCUCCACUAGAAACAACAAUAACAACAACAAAUAUAACAAUCGAGUUUGCCCAAAGUGACCCAAACUGCACCUUCACAACCACUUCACUGACUGAUCUGAUUCCUGGAGCUGUCUACCGGAUAUUGAAUAAUUGUUCCAACUGCUGCAUCAACGUCACAACCAAACCCGAGAAGGUCAAUCCAACUGUGACUGAAACCACAACAUCCACUGUGUCUCUGAGCUGGACUAAACCAGAGGGAAAUGUCUCAGUCUAUAGAGUACAGUGGACUGAUGGAAACACCAAUAAUGAAACGGAUGUGACUGACACCUCUGUAACCAUUUCUGGUCUGAGUCCUGGUGUCAAGUAUGACAUAAAUGUUACCGCAGUGGCUGAUGAUCAUCAUACUGUGGGACAGACUGCCACCACAUCCACAUACACAGAGCCUGAAGUAGUCAACAAUCUCAGUUUAUCUAAAGUUACAAUAUCCUCUGUGUCUCUGAUCUGGACUAAACCAGAAGGAAACAGUUCCUUCUAUUCAGUACACUGGACUGAUGGAACAAACAGACACAAUAAAAAUGUGACUCAAACAUUUAUAAACAUUCUGAACCUGACUGCUGGUGUCCAGUAUAGUUUUACUGUUGCUGCUGUGGCUGGAGAUGAGACAACUGUAGGAGAAGCAAAGACAGUUUCAUCGUACACAAAGCCUGAAGUAGUCAGAAACCUCACUGUCAAUGAAGUCACAACAUCCUCUGUGUCUCUGAUCUGGACUAAACCAGAAGGAAACAGUUCCUUCUAUUCAGUACACUGGACUGAUGGAACAAACAGACACAAUAAAAAUGUGACUCAAACAUCUUAUUCCAUCACUAACCUGACUGCUGGUGUCCAGUAUACAAUAACUGUUACUGCAGUGGCAGGUGAUGGAUACACUGAAGGACAGAAUACUUCUGUUUACACAUACACAAAGCCUGAAGUAGUCAGAAACCUCACUGUCAAUGAAGUCACAACAUUCUCUGUGUCUCUGAUCUGGACUAAACCAGAAGGAAACAGUUCCUUCUAUUCAGUACACUGGACUGAUGGAACAAACAGAGACAAUAAAAGUGUGACUCAAACAUCUUAUUCCAUCACUAACCUGACUGCUGGUGUCCAGUAUACAAUAACUGUUACUGCAGUGGCAGGUGAUGGAUACACUGAAGGACAGAGUACUUCUGUUUACACAUACACAAAGCCUGAAGUAGUCAGAAACCUCACUGUCAAUGAAGUCACAACAUCCUCUGUGUCUCUGAUCUGGACUAAACCAGAAGGAAACAGUUCCUUCUAUUCAGUACACUGGACUGAUGGAACAGACCGUGUUACUAAAAAUGUGACUCAAACAUCUUAUUCCAUCACUAACCUGACUGCUGGUGUCCAGUAUACAAUAACUGUUACUGCAGUGGCAGGUGAUGGAUACACUGAAGGACAGAGUACUUCUGUUUACACAUACACAAAGCCUGAAGUAGUCAGAAACCUCACUGUCAAUGAAGUCACAACAUUCUCUGUGUCUCUGAUCUGGACUAAACCAGAAGGAAACAGUUCCUUCUAUUCAGUACACUGGACUGAUGGAACAAACAGACACAAUAAAAGUGUGACUCAAACAUCUUAUUCCAUCACUAACCUGACUGCUGGUGUCCAGUAUACAAUAACUGUUACUGCAGUGGCAGGUGAUGGAUACACUGAAGGACAGAGUACUUCUGUUUACACAUACACAAAGCCUGAAGUAGUCAGAAACCUCACUGUCAAUGAAGUCACAACAUCCUCUGUGUCUCUGAUCUGGACUAAACCAGAAGGAAACAGUUCCUUCUAUUCAGUACACUGGACUGAUGGAACAAACAGAGACAAUAAAAAUGUGAAUCAAACAUUUAUAAACAUUCUGAACCUGACUGCUGGUGUCCAGUAUAGUUUUACUGUUGUUGCUGUGGCUGGAGAUGAGACAACUGUAGGAGAAGCAAAGACAGUUUCAUCGUACACAAAGCCUGAAGUAGUCAGAAACCUCACUGUCAAUGAAGUCACAACAUCCUCUGUGUCUCUGAUCUGGACUAAACCAGAAGGAAACAGUUCCUUCUAUUCAGUACACUGGACUGAUGGAACAGACCGUGUUACUAAAAAUGUGACUCAAACAUCUUAUUCCAUCACUAACCUGACUGCUGGUGUCCAGUAUACAAUAACUGUUACUGCAGUGGCAGGUGAUGGAUACACUGAAGGACAGAGUACUUCUGUUUACACAUACACAAAGCCUGAAGUAGUCAGAAACCUCACUGUCAAUGAAGUCACAACAUUCUCUGUGUCUCUGAUCUGGACUAAACCAGAAGGAAACAGUUCCUUCUAUUCAGUACACUGGACUGAUGGAACAAACAGAGACAAUAAAAGUGUGACUCAAACAUCUUAUUCCAUCACUAACCUGACUGCUGGUGUCCAGUAUACAAUAACUGUUACUGCAGUGGCAGGUGAUGGAUACACUGAAGGACAGAGUACUUCUGUUUACACAUACACAAAGCCUGAAGUAGUCAGAAACCUCACUGUCAAUGAAGUCACAACAUCCUCUGUGUCUCUGAUCUGGACUAAACCAGAAGGAAACAGUUCCUUCUAUUCAGUACACUGGACUGAUGGAACAGACCGUGUUACUAAAAAUGUGACUCAAACAUCUUAUUCCAUCACUAACCUGACUGCUGGUGUCCAGUAUACAAUAACUGUUACUGCAGUGGCAGGUGAUGGAUACACUGAAGGACAGAGUACUUCUGUUUACACAUACACAAAGCCUGAAGUAGUCAGAAACCUCACUGUCAAUGAAGUCACAACAUUCUCUGUGUCUCUGAUCUGGACUAAACCAGAAGGAAACAGUUCCUUCUAUUCAGUACACUGGACUGAUGGAACAAACAGACACAAUAAAAGUGUGACUCAAACAUCUUAUUCCAUCACUAACCUGACUGCUGGUGUCCAGUAUACAAUAACUGUUACUGCAGUGGCAGGUGAUGGAUACACUGAAGGACAGAGUACUUCUGUUUACACAUACACAAAGCCUGAAGUAGUCAGAAACCUCACUGUCAAUGAAGUCACAACAUCCUCUGUGUCUCUGAUCUGGACUAAACCAGAAGGAAACAGUUCCUUCUAUUCAGUACACUGGACUGAUGGAACAAACAGAGACAAUAAAAAUGUGAAUCAAACAUUUAUAAACAUUCUGAACCUGACUGCUGGUGUCCAGUAUAGUUUUACUGUUGUUGCUGUGGCUGGAGAUGAGACAACUGUAGGAGAAGCAAAGACAGUUUCAUCGUACACAAAGCCUGAAGUAGUCAGAAACCUCACUGUCAAUGAAGUCACAACAUCCUCUGUGUCUCUGAUCUGGACUAAACCAGAAGGAAACAGUUCCUUCUAUUCAGUACACUGGACUGAUGGAACAGACCGUGUUACUAAAAAUGUGACUCAAACAUCUUAUUCCAUCACUAACCUGACUGCUGGUGUCCAGUAUACAAUAACUGUUACUGCAGUGGCAGGUGAUGGAUACACUGAAGGACAGAGUACUUCUGUUUACACAUACACAAAGCCUGAAGUAGUCAGAAACCUCACUGUCAAUGAAGUCACAACAUUCUCUGUGUCUCUGAUCUGGACUAAACCAGAAGGAAACAGUUCCUUCUAUUCAGUACACUGGACUGAUGGAACAAACAGAGACAAUAAAAGUGUGACUCAAACAUCUUAUUCCAUCACUAACCUGACUGCUGGUGUCCAGUAUACAAUAACUGUUACUGCAGUGGCAGGUGAUGGAUACACUGAAGGACAGAGUACUUCUGUUUACACAUACACAAAGCCUGAAGUAGUCAGAAACCUCACUGUCAAUGAAGUCACAACAUCCUCUGUGUCUCUGAUCUGGACUAAACCAGAAGGAAACAGUUCCUUCUAUUCAGUACACUGGACUGAUGGAACAAACAGACACAAUAAAAAUGUGAAUCAAACAUUUAUAAACAUUCUGAACCUGACUGCUGGUGUCCAGUAUAGUUUUACUGUUGUUGCUGUGGCUGGAGAUGAGACAACUGUAGGAGAAGCAAAGACAGUUUCAUCGUACACAAAGCCUGAAGUAGUCAGAAACCUCACUGUCAAUGAAGUCACAACAUCCUCUGUGUCUCUGAUCUGGACUAAACCAGAAGGAAACAGUUCCUUCUAUUCAGUACACUGGACUGAUGGAACAGACCGUGUUACUAAAAAUGUGACUCAAACAUCUUAUUCCAUCACUAACCUGACUGCUGGUGUCCAGUAUACAAUAACUGUUACUGCAGCGGCAGGUGAUGGAUACACUGAAGGACAGAGUACUUCUGUUUACACAUACACAAAGCCUGAAGUAGUCAGAAACCUCACUGUCAAUGAAGUCACAACAUUCUCUGUGUCUCUGAUCUGGACUAAACCAGAAGGAAACAGUUCCUUCUAUUCAGUACACUGGACUGAUGGAACAAACAGAGACCAUAAAAGUGUGACUCAAACAUCUUAUUCCAUCACUAACCUGACUGCUGGUGUCCAGUAUACAAUAACUGUUACUGCAGUGGCAGGUGAUGGAUACACUGAAGGACAGAGUACUUCUGUUUACACAUACACAAAGCCUGAAGUAGUCAGAAACCUCACUGUCAAUGAAGUCACAACAUCCUCUGUGUCUCUGAUCUGGACUAAACCAGAAGGAAACAGUUCCUUCUAUUCAGUACACUGGACUGAUGGAAAAAAUAGUGAGAGUAAAAAUGUGACUCAAACAUCUUAUUCCAUCACUAACCUGACUGCUGGUGUCCAGUAUACAAUAACUGUUACUGCAGCGGCAGGUGAUGGAUACACUGAAGGACAGAAUACUUCUGUUUACACAUACACAAAGCCUGAAGUAGUCAGAAACCUCACUGUCAAUGAAGUCACAACAUCCUCUGUGUCUGUGAUCUGGACUAAACCAGAAGGAAACAGUUCCUUCUAUUCAGUACACUGGACUGAUGGAACAAACAGACACAAUAAAAAUGUGACUCAAACAUUUAUAAACAUUCUGAACCUGACUGCUGGUGUCCAGUAUAGUUUUACUGUUGUUGCUGUGGCUGGAGAUGAGACAACUGUAGGAGAAGCAAAGACAGUUUCAUCGUACACAAAGCCUGAAGUAGUCAGAAACCUCACUGUCAAUGAAGUCACAACAUCCUCUGUGUCUCUGAUCUGGACUAAACCAGAAGGAAACAGUUCCUUCUAUUCAGUACACUGGACUGAUGGAACAGACCGUGUUACUAAAAAUGUGACUCAAACAUCUUAUUCCAUCACUAACCUGACUGCUGGUGUCCAGUAUACAAUAACUGUUACUGCAGCGGCAGGUGAUGGAUACACUGAAGGACAGAGUACUUCUGUUUACACAUACACAAAGCCUGAAGUAGUCAGAAACCUCACUGUCAAUGAAGUCACAACAUCCUCUGUGUCUCUGAACUGGACUAAACCAGAAGGAAACAGUUCCUUCUAUUCAGUACACUGGACUGAUGGAACAAACAGUGAGAGUAAAAAUGUGACUGAAACAUUUAUAAUCAUCACUAACCUGACUGCUGGUGUCCAGUAUACAAUAACUGUUACUGCAGUGGCAGGUGAUGGAUACACUGAAGGACAGAGUCGCAAUGUUUCUCAGUACACAAAGCCUGGUAAAAUUUUGUCACCCACUGUUUCCUCGACCACAUCCUCCCUGUCACUAAACUGGACCAAACCUCACGGUGUUGUGUUCACGUACAAGCUGACCAUUGAUUACAGUGGUGGAAACCCAGAGACACAAUAUUCCAAUGCUGCCACUGCUGAGUUUUCAGAGCUGAUCCCUGGUACUCAGUACACAGUCACAAUCACUGCUGUUGCUGGAGAUAAUAAAACACAAGGAGAAAAUUACACACUCUCUGCAUUCACAUAUCCUGCAAAGCCUGAGAACAUUACAGCAAAUCAGUCAACUGAUUACCUCUACAUCAGCUGGACUUUACCAGCAGGAAGGGCCGAUCGAUAUAUUGUACAACUCUCAAAUGAAUCAAAUGAAACUUUGAUCCAAAGUGCCAAGUUUACUGGAUUACUACCAGGUCGACUCUACAACGUCACGGUGACGGCUGUAGCUGGAAACUUAGCUAACGUGUCUGACCCCAUUUCAAAGGCCACCGUUCCCACCCCUCCACAGUCCGUCAGUGUGACAGACAAAACAAACUCUUCAUUGCGUCUGAAUUGGGAGAUGGAUUCCCUGCUGGAGGGUGCUUCAGACAUCUUCUACUCAAUCACCUACCAAGGGGGAGACAUAGAACGCACCGAAAACUCCACAGACAAUAGCACAGAACUGUCAUCACUCUCCUCUGGGACUUUAUAUAAUAUAACUGUGAUAACAGUGGGGCCGCAAUAUUUAAGAAGCACAGAGGCCAGAACAUCUGCUUAUACCUUGCCGAACCCUGUUGUGAACCUGAAUGCUUGGCCUGAGUCCACCACCUCAGUAAACGUAACAUGGUCAGAACCUGUAGAACCCAAGCCCUAUUACAGAUACCAGAUUCUAAUCUACGAAGCUGCAAAUGAGACACUUGCAGGCAACAAGACAACCAGCAGUAACAGCAUAAUUGUAAAUCGUCUGAAACCAGGAACUGGAUACAAUAUCAGUGUUGUGACGUUAACUCCGGGAAGUCAAUCCAUAGAACAAAAGACAUUCAGCUACACAAAGCCCAAAGCAGUGACCAACCUCACAACAGCUCAAACCUCCACUACCAUCGAGCUGACUUGGAGCAGACAAGAUGAUCAUAAGCCUACUUACAGCUACUCGGUGAAAGCGUUGCUGAAUGGACACAUGGUUAAGGAGGCUACCACAGAGAUGGGGAGUUACAACUUCACCAACCUGGAACCUGGAACUGUGUACACUUUAACAGUGGUAACGGUCAUUGACGGAGUUCAGUCUGCUGUGGAAUCCACAUCUGCCCAAACAUUUCCUGACCAGGUUUCACACAUCACAAUGAGUGGAACUACCACUACUAUGACAGUGAGCUGGGACCGGCCACAGGGGAGGGUGGACUCCUAUAUUGUUUGGCUUUACAACGACAGUGGGUUUGAAGUAAUCAGCACCAAUCUGAUCAAUACGAACACAACCUUUGGGGGACUGAAACCAGGAGUUCGUUUCUGUGCUGUUGUGAUCACCAAAACCGGAAAUCUGGAGACUAAUAGUUCAGAAGUUUGCAACGCAACUUAUCCGAACCCUCCCGGGAUGAUCCACGUAACAUCUCAGACAGUGCACUCCAUCAACUUCACCUGGGAUUUUCCAGAAGACAUGGAAGACCGUGACCAGUACAACUUCAGUGUCUCUACACCCAACGGAUCAUUUCUCAUCGAACCCAACUGGUACCUUUUGGAAUAUCUCCAAUCUGGAACCCUCUAUAGUACCUCUGUUGUAACUGUAGGGGUGGAAAACUAUAAAAGCACAGAAGUGACAACACAAAACUACACCAGACCGUUUUCUGUCACCAACUUGGAACUGUCUGAAAUCACCACUAAUUCCGUUACACUGAUGUGGAUCCAGCCAGAAGACAAAUCUUAUUACUCAUUUUUGGUGCGAGUUGCCACCAAUUCAAAUAUUAUACAUGAAGAGGUCGUUUCCAAUAAGACAUACACAGCUACUGAGCUUCAGUCUGGCACCAACUACAGCUUCAGUGUCCAAUCACAAACACCAGAUGGCACUACGGCGCCGGAGGCAGUGACGGUGUCCUGCUUUACAAGACCUUAUAGUAUUACAGAUUUGCAGGCUGACACCAUCAACACCACCUCUAUAAAUCUGACGUGGGAGAAGCCACUGGAAUACAAGAGGGAAUACACAUAUUUUGUCACAACAUCAGGCUGUGGUUCCAAAAACCAAACCUUCCAAGAGGAAUUUGCACUUAUUUCAGCGCUCAAUCCUGGGACUGACUGUACCCUCUGUGUUGUUGUCCUGGCACAGAAUGGCAUAGAAGGAGCAGAGAACUGUACCUCGCAGUACACCAAACCUGAGGCGGUGCAGCUCAUUGUCUCCAGUCAAGGCUCCAACAGUUCAUUGCUGGUAUCUUGGCAAAAACCUCAAGGGAAUGUUGAGUAUUACAGUGUUUAUCUGAAUAACACUUCAGAGAAUUUCCGGUCAGAGGCGACGUACAAUGAUACAGUUGGCUACCACCUCUUCACCAACCUGUCAGCAGGAAGGCUUUACACCGCCCUGGUAGUCACAGAGUGUGGACCUUUCAACACAUCAUCUGAACUCGUCACCAAUGCAACUUUUCCAAACCCUCCUGGACCCAUUACUGUCCUGUCAAAGACAACCCAGACCAUUGUCAUUUCUUGGGAGAAAGCCCCUCUGAUGGCUGGUGCUUUAUUCCAUUACCAGCUGAUGACCAACCCAAAUCAUGGAGACAGAACAACCAACUUCAACAAUUAUACUUUUUUUCCCUUGGUUUCUGGGACGCCCCAUAACAUCUCUGUGAAAACAGUGGGCGUCAUGGAUUUUAUGAGUGAGACAGUUGAGAGCCACAUGAUCACUACGAAACCAUUUAGUGUGACAUCUCUUCAGAGUUCCCAAGACGUGCGCAAUAUCACACUUACCUGGGAGAAACCUAUGGAAUACAAGGACAGCUAUAGGUUCUAUUUAACUUACAAAAACAGGACCUCCAGCAACAGUGCCAUAACUACAAAUUUAAAACAUACCUUCAAAGAGCUGAAUCCUGGGAGUUCCUAUACCUUUAACGUUACAACGGAGACGUUAGAUAAAACUCAGAGUGACACAGAAACGAUCACCAGCUGCACAACUGCAAGUCAAGUGACUAACCCACACUGUCAGCCUAUAAAUGAUACAAAUGCGACGUUCAACUUGUCCUGGUCGAAGCCUGAUGGCGAAUACACCGAAUUUAAAGUCGAAAUGGGCAAUCAAAACGAGACGAGGAAAUGUUGUUUUGCAUUAUUUUCCAAUCUUCGUUACUACACUAAUUAUACGGUGACAGUGACGACGCAGAGCUGUGGAAAAUCCAGCACUCCUGUCUCCCAUACCUGCAUGACGGGCAUCACAAAUCCACCAAUCCCAUCGAAAUUUGCAGACCUGGUAGAAGUGAUUGAAAAGGUAUACAACAAAUUCACGCUUCGGAUUGAGGAAAAUGUGCUAAACAACACCAAUGGACCAAUUAAAUAUAUUGGAGUGUUGGUGACAGAUAACCUAGGUACUGACAGUUCAAAGAACGAGUACUUGAGCAGCACAUACAACGACUGGAAAGCCAAGAAAACUACGGCAUACUUAGCUACAAUCCAAGACAUCAAACCUCAGUCCCGAAGCACCAACAAUACUCUUACCAUACAAAUAGGAGAUGAAAGCACAUGGGAGGGUUAUUCUAAUGGCCCUCUGGAGGCCACUGGACAAUACCGAUUGGCCAUUGUGUUGUUCACCGAUCUGAAGCUGAGUGAUAAGCUCAUAGAUACAGAUACUAGCCUUUCCUCAACAACUGACUUUUAUAUAGUGGUACACCUCCCACAGAACCCAGCUACCAUUGGUAUUGCUGUCGGAGUGACACUUGGAAUUUUCUGCAUUCUCUUCUUCACUCUCAUUGGCUUCAUUAUCUACUGGAGAAGGGUGUCCAACAAAGAAGCCUCAGAUAUUCAGAUCCAUUCCAUGAGAGCCAAAGUGAGUAUACCUGUGAGGGUGGAAGACUAUGAGGCUUACUACAAGAAGCAGAAAGCAGACUCCAACUGUGGCUUUGCUGAAGAGUUUGAGGAUCUGAAGGUUGUUGGAACAGGUCAGUCCAAAACAAAUGCUCUCAAUCCGGAGAACAAGCCCAAGAACCGCUACAACAACGUGCUUCCAUACGACUCUUCUAGGGUGAAACUCUCUAUUGUCCAUGGGAGUCCAUUUGACGACUACAUCAAUGCUAACUACAUGCCGGGCUACAACUCCAGGAAGGAGUUUAUUGCAGCUCAGGGCCCGCUGCCCACCACCGUCAACGAGUUCUGGAGGAUGAUCUGGGAGAAGAAUGUCCGUACUCUGGUCAUGUUGACACGCUGCAAUGAACAGGGACGAGUAAAAUGUGAGCAGUACUGGGAUUCUGGCACCAAGCACUAUGAAAACAUCACUGUGACAACCACCUCUGAAAUACCACUUGAAGACUGGACCAUCAGGGAUUUCGACGUUAAAAAUGUGAAAACCGCAGAGACCCGUUCAGUGCGUCACUUCCAUUUCACUGCCUGGCCAGACCACAGGGUCCCAGAGACCACCGAGCUCCUUAUCAGCUUCAGACAUUUGGUUAGAGAGCACAUGGACCAAUAUUCCAGGCACUCUCCAACUGUAGUCCACUGCAGUGCUGGCGUGGGACGCACUGGAACUCUCAUAGCCAUCGAUCGUCUCAUCUUCCAGAUUGAAAGGGAAAACAUUGUAGAUAUUUAUGGCAUCGUCCACGAUCUGCGCAUGCACCGAAACCUCAUGGUGCAGACAGAGGACCAGUAUGUGUUCCUAAACCAAUGUGCAAUGGACAUCAUCAGAUCAAGAACUGGAACCAACGUGGAUCUGAUCUAUCAAAACACAGCUGCACUCUCUAUUUAUGAGAAUGUCCAACCUAAUCAAGGUUUUUCCAAGAAUGGGUACCACAACACAUAGGCUCCAAAGCAGCACCUGUCUUCCAUCCUUCUCUCAUUGGGAAGCCAGCCUUUUUAACAAAUGUAUUUAUUUUUAUAAUCCACCAGUUCCACUUUUAAAAAUUCUGUAGCAUUGUGGAUUAAAGUCACUCUUGUGGUAUUUAUUUGUGAAAAAAAUGUUUGAUGGAGGGACAAAAAGGGUAUAAUCAAUGACCAAAAAUAUUUUAUGAAAAUUUUGUCAGAUUAAAUAUCGAAGCUUUUCUUAUUAUUGGCUAUUUUUAUGUCCUUCUACUGUUUAUUUUAUUUCUCUGCUUACUUAUUACUGUAUAUGAUGCUGAUGAUUAAUUGUUAUACUCAGGUAAUGUGCUGGAUGCUGUAUAAAUAUUAUUACAGACAUUUGUGAUAAGGAAAAAGUUGCGAAUUUAAAAAAAUGUAAAGUGCAGGCUUGUAUAAAUCCUGAACCCUCUGCGCUUUAGUACCAGUGGGUGGCACUGUUCUUUUUUUCUUUUCACUGUUGAAGCCUAAAUGGAUAAAGACAAUAACAUAUUAUUUUGUCAUAUUAUUGAAGAUGGUCAGAACAUCUAACUAUUUUGCUUAAUGUGUUUUUUACUAUUUGGACUGUGCAAUGGUGUUAAUGAAGAAGUAUUUGUAUGCACUGUAAAAACUUAUGCACUGGAUGCAUGUAUGUUUCUGUACCAUUCACAAUUUUAAAUUAUGCAAUUUUUUUCCAUCAGUAGAAUCGACUUAGCUUUGGCCAGUACUUUGUGAAACUGGAAUAUUUCUUUUAACCACACAUUUAUAAUUUUCCUUUUUUUUUUUUUUUUUUUUUUUUUUUUUGACAAUUUUAGCAAAUGCUCAGGAAUUUAAGCAACGGAAGAUGAACUCUUUUCUGCACUGUACAUUCCUCCAAGGGCCAGCAACAAUGUUAUGUCACUUCCUGCUGCAUAUCUCGUCUAUCUAUGGACAUUUCCUGUUUCUAUAAAAAUGUUUCUUUUCAGCUUCUGACGUGCAGAAUUUUCCAUGAGAGAGGUACUAGUUUUUUGUUGUUGUGUUUUGAGGAUAAAUGAUCUCUGUAGAUAUUUUUGAAACCGCUGUCUUAUUUUUAUGUCUCAUAAUAUACUUAAAUGUAUUAAAAGCACUUACGUUUUUAAUGACCACAAAAAUAACUGUUAGGCACAAUGUUUUAAAAUGUUAUGGAUUGCAUAAUAAACUGCUUGCUGGUACAAUGCAUAAAAAAUAUAAAAGGAGCAAAACUUUUAUGUUUGUGUGUUUUACAACUUGACAAAAUGGGAUUAAAAAUACCAUAUUUUAUUAUGA